AUGUCAUUUUUAAAAGCCAUUCUUCUGUUGGUUCUAUUUAAAACUUUAUUUGGAUUAAACAGUGGUUUCAAUGAACUUAUCGUAAGGGUCUACCGUGAUAGUGAUAGUGCAACAUUAGCUUUCUUAUGUCUUGACGAUGAGUUCCUGAGUGGUUUUAUGAAACAACACGGAACGAAACCAGUUCUUAUUUUUAAUUCCCCCAUCAAAGGAAAAUCCAAUGAAAUUGUGAAGAGAAACACAAUUUUGGUAGUGAAACAAGGAAAACCAAGAGUUUCUUCAAUUUUAAUUCCUCAGAUCAUCGCGAAACUCGAAGUCCGAAAAUUCGUCAUAGUUCUUGCGACAAACUUCAAAAGCCUUCAAAAAUACUUCAAAUAUUUUUGUAAGCACAAAUUCACAAGGAUUUUUGGUUAUACCAAUAACACCUCGUUUGUAUAUCUCAACUACAGAGAUAACCCUAUUCAACAGAUAUCGAUGAGGAAAGACCAUGCACUUCCCAAUGCCUUGACGAACUUAAAUGGCUUUCGAAUUCGAACAACAUUUCAAACUGAUGUUCCCAGAACUUUCUGGUAUCACAACGUAAACGGUCAACCAAAAGUUGGUGGUUAUUUCGGACAAAUCUUCACAAAUUUCGUCGAAAAACACAAUGCAACAUUUGAAGAAGUAAUAUUGGAAAAUUCAACAAAUCGUAACUAUUUGGCAGUAUUGGAAGCUUGCAUGAAUGGUGACUUAGACAUUUCUUCGAAUGUAUUCUCACCAAUUCCCGGAUGUGAUCAUAGUUCGUUUUUAAAGUUAAAUGCUUUUGGAAUUAUGGUUCCGAUGAAAAAAAAUGUCAAUUCAUACCACUACUUUAUUAAACCAUUUACUCCUUUGCUCUGGAUGGCCAUUUUGAUGACUUUUCUUUAUAUUUCUGCAAUGGACUUUCUCAAGGACUUCUAUUCUGGGAAUCAAGCGGAUGUUUGGAAAAGUUUAAGUGAAACAUUUCUGCGAUUGCUGAAUUUACCUUCGAGACUACCGACGGCAUCUUAUCGAUUUCAUACACAAGUUCUGAUCUUUGCAUUCGUGCUGGGAAAUUUCUAUUUAAAUUACUUCACGUCGUUUUUGACAGUUUUUGUGAAAGUAAAGCAAUUCGAGACAUUCGACGAUUUGUUAGAAAAUAACAUAAGUGUUAUGGUUCCUUUGGAUGCAGUUGAUUUUUUUUAUUUAGAACACCCGAAAGUACAAGGAAACAAUCUUUAUAAGAAAAUUAUCAUUACAACUGAUUAUGAAACUUUCAUCGAGAAUUUGAAUUCAAUGAAAGCUUCCAAUAAGGCUUAUAUCAUAUCACACGAUAGAUUUGAGUUUUUGAUAAAGGUUCAGGCUAUUUUCGAAGAACCAAUGUUUCGAAUGAUUGAAUUUUUUAAGGAAUAUUUUCAAACAUUUCUUCUAUCACCACACUCGCCGUUUAAGGAGAUUUUAAGUUUAUUUAUAGUGAGGACAUUCGAAACAGGAUUGACUAUGAAAUGGGAAGGUGAUACAGUUUCGCAGGCUUUAAGAGCCGGAUUCGAUUGGGAUGGAAGAAGAAAUGGUGCGGAAAUAUUGCAUACACCUUUGACAAUGAUUCAUUUGCAAUUUGCUUGGAUUUGUUUGGCAUUUGGAUGGAUAUUAGCAGCAAUUGUUUUGCUUUGUGAGAUUACAGUCAAUUCUGAUUGGAAAAUUUUCAGGAUCUAA